AUGAUUAACACAUCGUCCAUCAUGAACGUCACAACCAUGGCACCGGCUACCCUUAGCCCAUCUCUCUACCCGUACAAUGCCCGCAUCGGCGUGGCCUGUGUGUGGAUCUUAGCCGCGGUCCUUGGACUCGUUGGGAACAGCCUUGUGAUCUGGUCGGUCGUCUUGUCCAAGAAACUCCGCACGGUGUCCAACGCCUUCGUGGUCAACCUCAGCCUGGCCGAUUUCUGGACGAGUCUGUCUUACCCGUGGCAGGCCAUCGCCAUACUGAGCAACGGCUCCUGGCCGUUAGCUACAGAGGUCCCAUGCUACAUCGCCGCUGUGCAGUUAUACACCGGUCUUGGUGCAAGUCUGUACUCAUUGGCGGCAAUAGCCUUCAAUCGCUUAAUGCUGGUCACCCAGCAAACUGCGACAUACAGUCGCUGGUACACCCUUGGAAAAGUCGCAGCCAUGAUCGCUACGACUUGGGUCAUCCCGUCGAUCGUGUUCUUCUUGCCCCCAAUUCUUGGCAUUGGCGACAUUGGUUACGAUCCUCAGGACAAUACAUGUUUUGACAAGGAUGGUCAUCCCCGCGGCCCAGACUACAACCUUGCCCAGUCUCUUGGGCUGUUCCCGGUUCCAAUGCUCAUCAUCAUCAGUUCCUACACGGCACUCUACAUCUAUCUCAAACGUCAUUUCAGGAAGCAGAAGAGGAGACGCACUCAGCACGAUAGCUCAGCCCAGGAUGACCAUGAAGUUGGCCUCGGGCAGUCAACCGUCAGUUUCAGCGUAUCGACCGAGUCCCAAGGGAACCUAACCAAAGACGUAGCUCAACACAACCGUCGAAGGAUCAGCCGUCAGCAGCUUGCAAUCACCAAGAAUCUCUUCAUGGUCUUCUGCGUUUUCUUCUUGUUGAUGUCUCCUUAUUUCAUCUCUCUGGUUAUUCCAAGCAGUCGAAUGUUUGCUCUCUACGGACUAACCAUCAGCAUCCUGAAUAGCUGCGUCAACCCCAUCAUCUACACGGUUCAUCAUCUUCAUUUCAAGGGAGUCCUUCGAAAGAUCCUCCGUUGUCAAUACUCCCAGAUACCUGAACCAUCCGACUGGCUGAAAUCCGUGUUGUCUAGGAGGAAGUAAAACUGACACAAGCGUCGAUAAAUAUCUUCUCGAACCAUUCGCAUUUGCCAAUCCGGUUUUUAUUUCAAAGUCACGUAGGCCUAAUCUACAGCAAUAUGUGUUAAUGCGGUGCUGACAUCACAGCACGUCCUUGAUGAGUGCUUAGUUGCGUAUUCACGUAGGGGCUUUCUGACCCGUGUCCCAGAGCCACCAACGUUUCGAGGCGCCUUCCACAGAUGUUUAAGGAGCUUUAAUAUGAGAACAUAAUUAUUAGUUAAAAAGGUAACAUUGAGGACUUACAGUUCAGACAGAUAUACCAGUUCAUGUAGUAGACUACCCGGCAUUUUAAAGCAAUCUACCCGUUCUUGGCCCUUCGAUGGUUCACGUCUAGCGCCACGUUGGGCGACCUACCCGAUUUUGCGCAUGCCCAAUUUCCGGAAAUCGCCCUUUUCAUUUAUCGAUUAAAUUUCACCACCAUGCAAUUAUCAUGUUCCUUUACUAAACAGUACCAAUAUUCAACUAGUUGGAAAUUUGUAACUUUUAUGUUGAAUACAGU